AUGGACAACUCCCCCACCGCCCUUUUUGACUCAUACGAGUCUGACUUCAAGCAGAUCAUCCACAGCAUCCGUGACAAGCUCGAGGGUGAUGCUAAGGAUGUUGGCCAGGGCGAGCAGCGCAAGGCUGCCCUUCGCAGAGUCGAGAUGGAGCUAGACGAGGCCGACGAGAUGGUCUCCCAAAUGGAAAUAGAAAUCCAAGGCAUCCCCCAAUCCCUCCGGCCCUCUUACCAAUCCCGCAUCAAGGCCUCCAAAGCCGACCUCACUCGCUACAAGAAACUCUCUAAGGACUUUCAUGCCCAACUCUCCCGUGCUGAACUUCUCGCCCGUCCCGGCUUGCCCGGCACGCCCACGUCGGACGAGCCGUACGGCGCGACGAGUGAUCGCACACGGCUACUUGCAGGGGCCGAACUGCUGGAGGACGGGAGCAGGCGGCUGUUGGAGAGCCAGAGGAUCGCUCUCGAGACGGAGGAGCAGGGCGCGGACAUCCUCAGGAGUUUGCGUGGGCAGAGGGAGCAGAUUCAGAACGCGCGCGAUACGCUCCAACGGGCAGAUACAUCUAUUGAUCGCGCGUCUGGCACGCUCAAGAAGAUGAUCCGACGAAUGUACCAGCAGCGCGUCGUAACCGCCGCCAUCAUCCUCAUCCUCGUCCUCCUUAUACUCGUCAUUCUGUACUUUAAGCUUGUCCGCUGA